CGCACAGCUGUGAGCAAUGAGCAUCCUGCCCCCUCCUCCCUCAGCAUCAACCCCCCUGAAUGCGUGCGUAAAAACAAAGUUUACCGAAACCGGUUGGCUGGGCGGUGCGCGCGCACACCCUCUCUAGAGCCGGUGGAUGAACUUCAGCUGGAUAAUGGAUGAACGCAUCAGACAGACAGCUAGCAAAAUGCACAGCGUACUAUGAACUCCAGAUGUCAAUGUAUUGGACGUGAGCACCCGCCCACGGCGAGUGAGUCACACUCUGAAGUAGCUGAAUAAGUGAGCGACAGUGCGGACGGGGAGUUUCUGCGUGGGGUAUUUAACUUCUUUCUGGUACUUAAAGCUCCUCCGUCCCGCGGUGUUUAUGGAGAAGCGCAGCAUCGAGCUCGAGCCGCCACACGGACUGACAGUUGCUGCGCGAGGCGCUGGUGUCAGGAAUGGAUAGCGCGCGGGAUACCUGCGGACGCUGAUGCGCAUCUUAUUAAAGUUGCGACACUCCUUGAUAGACGAGGCUGAAAACUUUUAUUUGUCCUGAGCCAAAAGUCUGACAGAAGAAAACACGAAAAGGACACGAGCGCUUUUUGUGUUGUUGUUGUAAAGCUGUAAUCUAACGUAAAACACACAGUGCACAGGGAAGCACUUUUACCGCCUUUAAGCUUCACGGGAAGCUUUGAAGUGGAGAAGAUGAGUCAAGAGGUCCCGAGAAGAUUUCAGAUGCUGGUUGUGCUCUGGUCAAUACUUCUUGUGAGUGUGGUGACGGGGUUACCUACCAGACGCAAGAAUAUUGCCCACAAAGCUCAUGGCCAGUAUGCCUCUGAGGCUUUGGAGCAGCAGAACCAGGUUCAGAGUCUGCUGCCUGAGCCCCACAGCCACCAGAGGAGGUGGUCUCACCCCCAGCACCGCUCCAUUGGUGUUCUUCCACAACCUGAGCCUGAGGAGGAGACCAAACCUUUUAUACUGGAUCUGAAGAACUUUCCAGACCUGGCCAAUGCUGACAUUAACUCACAGAACCCCAACAUACAGGUGACCAUUGAAGUAGUCGAUGAUCCUCAAAUGGAAGUGGAGAUGGACCUUGCCAAGGAAAAAGAUUGGCUACCUUCCUCUUCCUCCUCCCCCUCAUCCACAGUAGAUUUGCUCGGAGGCAAGAAGCUUUUCUGGCCCCUGUUUUGGAGUUACACCGAUUCCAGCGAGGACAGCAACAGCCGGUCGGGCAUGGAGGAAACUGGCGAAGAAGAGGAGGAGGAAGAUUACUCUUUGGAUUACGGUAGUGAGGAGCCCUUACCCAGCGGAGUAGGCGGAGACUGGGAUACUCGCUGGAACGAAGGCUGGGAUCCAAUGCAGAGUUACUAUGAGAAAGACAUCGAUGAUUGGACACCCUGGUCCCCCUGUUCAGUGACAUGUGGACAUGGUGAGAGGAAGAGGACCAAGUCCUGUGGCUACUCCUGUACUCUGACAGAAGCUUCUAAAUGUGACCUGGAGCCCUGCCCAGGUGAUGUCAACACUGUGGUAGAGCCUUUCCCUUUCGAAAUGGAAAAUGGCACAGAGCCUUUUGGAACAGAUGUAGAUAGCUGUGAGAAAUGGCUCAAUUGUAAGAGUGAGUUCCUGCAGAGGUACCUCCAUCAGGUUUUGUCUGAGCUGCCCAACUGCCCCUGCUCCUACCCUUUCGAAGCCGCGUACACUGUGGUCAGUGUCUACGAUGACGCUCACGGACGGCCGUUCCGCUGGCUCGAUGCCAGCGGCCCCAAGGAGCGCCUGGACAUCUACAAGCCUUCAGCGCGCAGCUGCAUCCGCUCGGCACUUUCCAGUGACUCGACUACCCUUGCGGCACAGCACUGUUGUUACGACGACCGCGGGAGGCUGAUCACGCGAGGGAAAGGCGCAGGCACGCCGAACCUGAUUAGCACCGAGUUUUCGCCCGAGCUGCACUUCAAAGUGGAUGUGCUGCCUUGGAUUCUGUGCAAGGGAGACUGGAGUCGCUUCCAUGCAGUGCGGCCACCCAACAAUGGACUGAGUUGCCCAGAAAACCCCCACGAGGAUGUGUUCAUGAAUGAACUCGAAGAGGCCAGGGAGUACUGAAGGACCACAGCCAAAACUACCACUUCGCUCAGAGAGUCAGAGGGCCCAAUCCUAAUUUGAGGAGAGGUAGCCUACCUUAAAAGUCAUGAAAUAUCACAUCAAUGCCACCUAUAAUAAUUAAGUAGACAUGACUUGAUGGAAAUUUACAGUUUAGGAGUUUUGCAGAGGUUUAGGAAUAUUGGUGAAGUCUGGUUUCCUCAAAUUAGGAUUCGGCCUCAACCAAGCUGAACUAAAACAAAAAAUACAGUGUUGUCCCAUCAACUUGCCAACCUGUUAUACAUCUGGCAUGACACCAAGCUCUUUCUCUUUCAGUACUCUCUCCUGGGUGUGUGUAAGCAUGAUGUCUACCUACUGGCUUUUUUGAUGCUAUCUUUGAGCGCUUGUGAUUGACAACACCAACAUUAAGAAAACAUCCUGAUCAUGCUUAUUGUAGAUUUUACAUGAGGAAAUAUAAUGAAUAUGAGCUUGACUGAUUGAUGGAACAAGCACAUGGCUUGGACAGUCCAGGAGAUAACUAACUAUGCUGCUACAGUAUAAAAUCCUUCAGGUUUUGCUAAGGCAUUAUAAAGUGGAACAAGACAGUAGUUUCACAGGACACGUUCAUUCAGCCAGUCCUCUGAGUUAUUUAACUGCAGUAAGAGGUUAUUGAGAAAUUUGAGGUCUCAGCCAGACAACUAAGCUAAAAGGAUUUGGAACAUUCAUUUGCAAGUGCUUAGUUUGCUAGAGAGAAUUAUGCUAUUAGUCUUCGGGUAGAAAUUAUAAAAGAACAGAACAUUUGAUUUCAAGUGCUAUUUUACACCGAUUGAUUUCAAGUGUUUCCACACAUUUUCUUUCAUUGCCAGGAAGUAUAUGUGAUCUGGGUGCCAAAGAGAUAAAACAAAAGUCUGACUGUUGGUGCCUGUGUAAAUCCCACCUCCGUAUCUCCACGCAAUGUGGGGAAAACAUUACGUUCUUUUAGAUUGUGUCUCUGCUAUCUUCUCAGGGGGGACUAGCUGACCAUCACAACAAAUUUGCUCAUUUACCUCGACAGCAGAGCACUAUUGGAUCUUGUACAGUCUUGUGGGUAAAGAUUAGUAGAAGCGUGUUGGGUGUGUAAACAAUAAUUGCUGAACAGAUGAUGCUUUAGUGCAGUUGGAGUCCUUUGAUCCCAGUUGUUGAUGAAUUGUGUGGUUUGUUGUUUAAGGUCUUUGAGUUUCUGUACAGUGCUUGAUUGGAUAGAAAGGACAUUCCUUCUCAAAUAAACAUCCCUGAGAGGUCAUUCAGGUAGCGACCCAUAAGCAGGCUGACGCAGGAUACUGGUAAUAGUCUCUUACCAUUAUAUGGUGUAUGUUCAUAAGUGUGGCUUGUGAGAUUGAUAAGGCGACUGUUUAACCGCUCUCAGAAUAUAUUUUGGCUUUGUAGCUACAGAGGUUUUUAAACACUGCACAUCACUUAAACAAUCCUCAUUCCUAUAACAGCCUAUCAAGAUGACCUCAUGUGCCACUCGUCCUUUCUAUCCAGUCUAAUUCUAUGGAUGUCUGCUCCAAACCUUUAUCUUUUCAGGAAGUCUGCAUCCAGAUGCAUUUUUGCAAUCGUGCAUUUGCAUUUUGGUAUCACCAAUUCUAAAGAAAAGGCACUUUACUUUUGCCAUUUGUUGAUGAGAGUGUUAUUGUGAAGGGAAACUCGCCAGAAAUGCUGCAUUGUUAUAUGAAGGUGCAUAUAUACGUAUAACUGUUCUGUUGAGAAAAGCAUGACCUUUUUGUGACUUCUGAAUCUAGUAUUACAUAUAUGGUGUUGUACAGUAUUUAUUUGUCUGUUCUUGUUUUUUAAGUUUGCUGAAGCUUUGAAAUGACUCUACUCUCAUCAUGGUGCACUAGUAAGACUGAA